AUGGAGCUGGGAGACAUCUUUGUGUCCGAACAUCCCAGUGAGAAGCAGUUUUAUGUGGAGCAGAAGACAAGAGCCCAGGACCUUCUGGGGACAACUGGGAAUCAGAUCCACCAAUUUUUCGGGUAUCUCACAGGAGAAAUGAAAGAAUUUGGAGAGUGGAUGAAAAAUAAGCCCCUAACGGUCCAGCUGGUGGAUUGGAUUUUGCGAGGAACAUCUCAGGUGAUGUUCGUCAACAACCCUCUCAGUGGGCUGCUCAUUUUAGUGGGGCUUUUCAUCCAGAGCCCUUGGUGGGCGCUCAUGGGCUGUACUGGAACAACCAUGUCGACAUUAACUGCACUGGUCCUCAGUCAGGACAGAUCAGCCAUUGCCGCUGGGCUGUACGGCUAUAACGGGAUCUUGGUGGGACUGCUCAUGGCUGUCUACUCUGAAAAAGGGGAUUACUACUGGUGGCUUCUUCCUCCUGUGGCAGUUACAUCUAUGACCUGUCCAGUCCUGACCAGGGCUUUGGGAUCCAUCUUCAGUAAAUGGGACCUUCCUGUUUUCACUCUGCCCUUCAACAUUGCAGUGACUUUGUACUUGGCAGCCACAGGACCCUACAACCCCUUCUUCCCUACAACCCUCAUCAAGCCUGUAGCAUCAGUGCCCAAUAUUACCUGGUCUGCAAUCGAUGUGCCACUGCUCUUGCAGUCCAUCCCAGUCGGUGUUGGUCAAGUGUAUGGUUGUGAAAACCCCUGGACUGGAGGCAUCAUCCUUGUUGCUUUACUUAUCUCCUCCCCACUAAUUUGUUUACAUGCUGCAAUUGGAUCGACAGUGGGAAUGUUGGCAGCACUGAGCAUUGCAUCACCGUUUGACAGCAUCUACCUUGGCUUACAAAAUUACAACUGCGCGCUCGCAUGCAUUGCGAUUGGGGGCAUGUUCUAUGCCCUGACCUGGCAGACUCACCUGCUGUCACUCGCCUGUGCAUUAUUUUGUGCCUACUCCGGAGAAGCUUUUGCUAAUAGCCUAUCUGUGCUUGGGCUGCCACUCUGCACCUGGCCUUUUUGUUUCUCCGCACUUCUCUUUUUGCUGAUAAAUUCAGACAACCCAGCCAUCUACAAAAUCCCUCUCUGCAAAGUCACCUAUCCAGAAGCCAACCGCAUCGACUACCUGAGAAUGAAGAGAAGAGCAUCAGAGAGCAGGAGAGAAGAGAAGAAACAAAAGGAGAAGAAACACUCUGGCAACUCAAAAAUACACACCCCCUGUGCACCCCCAAAAACCACCACACUUACUGAUUUCAAACAUCCAUGA